CUUCUUACGGAUUGCCAGCUCCCGAGUUCUCUGCGAUGCUACCACAGGGCGCCCUCCCAGGACACAGACAUCUCAACCCUGAACUCUUGGCACUCUGCAGGCUGUUCAGGUUGAGUUGAAGAUCCCUCUUAUUUUCCGGGUGCCAACAACUAUGAACAGUCAGGGCAAUAAAAGGACGACAAAAGAAGGACCCAGUGAUUUGAAAUUCCAGAACUUCUCAGUGCCAAAAAAUAGCUGUGCCAAAGGUAGCCAGCGUCUGGGCCUGAACAACAGGAAGACCGGGCCUGUUGACUUAGGCCGAGUUUCACACUCUAUGGAUUACAAUCAAGCCAUUAAAGUCAGCCUAGAUUCAGGCCAGUACCAGACCAUUAACCAGCCUCUUCCCCACCUCGAUCAUAAAAGGAACUUCACUGCAGUCCUGGAUGGAGCAAAAUGCCAUAGUGAUGACGACUAUGAAGACCCCGAGCUUCAGCUAGCAGAGGCGUGGACAUCCAUGAAAAUUUUACCAGCCAGGCCUAUAAAGGAAUCUGAAUAUGCAGAUACGCGCUAUUUCAAGGGCGUGAUGGAUACUUCCCUUCUGUUACAUCCCAAGUCCUCCAUCUCCUGUGAGGAGCAAACCUGGAACCUGCAAAUGAGGCGGGAAGCAGUGGACAAACCCAUUCCCAAGGACCUCAAAAGCCAGCACUUUAAAGGGGGCAAAUCCACAAAAGGAAACAAGACUCCCUUACCACCUCCUCGGCCUCCUGUCCCCCUCCCAAAGAAGUACCAGCCCUUACCCCUGGAACCGCCAGAGAGCAGAACAUCUUGCCCUCAGAGACAAAUUGUUCCAGAAGCCCUGACAGGGACCAGGAAGGGAGGAUGCAGAGAUGCUAGUAUCUCAGGCGGGCAAAGAGAGGUAAGUGUAAGUGUAAAGGACUUAAGUGAGGUGAGUACCUAUUUUGUCCUUGGGAUACAAAAAGGUAAUUUUUGUCAUCGAAUGUCCACAGUCAGCCAGAUUCCCUUUGCUUCAGUUUCUCAUCAUCAGAUCAAGUCAGAACCAACUCACCCAUCACAAAGUCAGAACACUUAUAAGAUUCCAGAUGCCAUUGCCAGCUCUCCAUUCAUGCCAAGAAACCACAGUAGGCAAGACACAGAUCAUAAAGGCAGCAUGCAGUCCAGUUUUCCUCAGAGAUGCCAGUCUCCAGACAGCUACGACCCUCAUGAAAAUGCCCUGCUCUAUAAGAACACAAGCCAGAGAAAACCUUUCCCCACAAGGUCGGAUGAAAAGGAUGUCCAGCACAAUGAGUGGUACAUUGGAAAAUACAGCCGCCAAGCAGUAGAAAAGGCAUUAAUGAAGGAGAACAAGGAUGGCACUUUCUUGGUCCGAGAUUGUUCCACAAAAUCCAAGGCAGAACCCUAUGUUUUGGUGGUGUUUUGUGGGAACAAAGUCUACAACGUGAAAAUCCGCUUCCUAGAAAGGAACCAGCAGUUUGCACUGGGGACAGGACUCAGAGGAGACAAGAAGUUUGAUUCUGUGGAAGACAUCAUCGAACACUACAAGUCUUUUCCUAUUAUAUUAAUUGAUGGGAAAGAUAAAACAGGGGUCCACAGGGAGCAAUGUCACCUAACCCAACCACUCCCUGUCGCCAGACACUUCUCACCCUCACCGUGGUAG